AUGUUCUCCCGCCGUUCGAACACUCCGGAACAAGAGCCUUCUACGAAUGAGUCUACGCGUACGGGUAGCACGCGCACGGGCUUCUUUGGUCGUCGUCGGUCGUCGUCAUCCGACCAUGAUGACGAUCCCAGAAAUGAUCCAAGCAUCCUUGCAGCCCGUCAGAAAGUAGCGGAGGCUGAGGCUGCAGAGCGUGAAGCGGACCGUGCCCUCAUGCAAGCCCGCGCCUCGGCGCGAAGCGCGGCGGAGCACGUACGUAUUCUCGAGAGAGAAGCGAAAGAGGAAUCCAGGCGUGCCAAGGUUAAGCAAUCAGAAUCAAAGAUCGUCAGCAAGAGCGCACGGGCAUUGGGGCGAUUCGGUUGA